AUGGGCAGGCUCGUCCUGGUGGCUUCGUCUGCUCAUCCGAACUGUGCUAUUUUUAUCACACACGGAGGCUUACUCUCCACGACUGAAGCUGUACAUUUUGGUGUACCGUUGAUAGGGAUACCAGUGUUCUUCGAUCAAAACUUCAACGUCGAUUUCUCUGUUAAAAGAGGUAUCGCUUUGAAAGUAGUUUUAACCGAAAAUGGAGCGAGGGAUUUGAGGAACGCGAUACAUGAAAUCCUGAAUAACCCAAAAUUUUAUGAGAACUUAGAGAAAAGAACUUACGAGGAAUUUUUCACACCAAUUGUAGAGAAACGAGGUAGAUCUUUACCCCCAUACGAAGAGCUUCGGUAUAACGCGUCUUUCAUAUUUGGCAACUCACAUGUAUCUCUAGGUCAAGCUGUGACACUACCGCAGAAUUAUAUACCAAUUGCAGGAUAUCACAUUCAACAAGACAUCAAAUCUUUGCCGAAGUAUUUGAAAAAAAUAUUAGACGAUGCGAAAUAUGGAGUUAUAUACUUUAGCUUGGGAUCUAAUUUAAAAAGCAAAAUUUCGCUGACGACG